GCCAGCAGGGUGAAAGCGUGGUCAUGAGUCUGGAGUCCAGCUGCUCUAACACACCAUAGCCAUUUUCCUGUUGACUCCGCCACGUUGGUUCCCUGCGCGUGUGUCGCAUUCUCCUGCGCACCACCAACGUUAUGUUUGCGACGAGGCGGGAAAUGGCGUCCGCAGACAUGGUUCAUCUAUAACUUGCUACCGAGCGACAGACACAGCUGGCAACAACGACCACGGCCCGACCUCUAUCGGUGGCCGCCACGGUCGUGGCCGAGAGCUGACAACGCGGUGGCAAGUUUUGAAGAGCUUCCUCGAUCAUCGAACUUCUAUGUGACGUUGGAGCAUGAUGAGGCUGAGAGUGCGUAAAGCUCCUCAGCAGCCAAUCUUAGGCCGUCGCCCCCCUCCGUCCCAGGCUAAAAGGAAACACUGCGAAGUGGAGUCAUCUCCGGUGAGAGGUCGAGGCAAAAUGCAGAAGAAUGAGACGGGCCUGUUGUCUACAAUAAAAAAGUUCAUCCGUGGAAAUGCAGUCAAGGUGGAGCAGGAUAUUCCUGCCAAGAGGAGUCGUAUUGAUUGUAAUACUGAUAGCGAUCUAAUUACUUCAACACCACAGACUAGAGGCCUUUCCAAUAAAACAGUCUCCAGAGGUUGCCGAAAAAGUCCAAAUAAAGACACAAUGACCUGUAACAGCAAACCCAUGAAACCAAAUGGAAAACUAGAGGUCCCCGUUGAGGCAGCAAGCAGCCCCCCACGCACCAGUCUGCUGGGAACCAUCUUUUCUCCAGUCUUUAACUUUUUCUCACCAGCAACAAAAACUGCCACUCCAGGCUCGGAUUCUCCCGGACAAGCAGUGGAGGCAGAAGAAAUCAUGAAGCAGCUUGACAUUGAGCAGGCAGAGGAGAUGCCCAGCAGUACGCUCACAUCCACAGAGGACACCACUCCCUGUCAUGCUGCCCCAGUGUUACCACAGAGGCUUCAGAUUACCUCUGACACAACCGUAGAAGAAGGAGAGAUUGUCACUGAAACCGACAUGCCACCGUUAACAGCUCCUGGUUGUAUGCCAGAUGGUGUUUAUCCUCACCCUUUACCAUCAGUUCCUGUAGAAACCUCUUAUGAUGAGGACUGGGAAGUCUUUGAUCCAUACUUCUUCAUUAAGCAUGUGCCUCCGCUGACAGAAGAGCAGUUAACACGCAAACCGGCGUUACCUUUGAAAACACGCAGCACACCAGAGUUUUCUCUCGUCUUGGAUCUGGAUGAGACUCUGGUCCACUGUAGUUUGAAUGAGCUAGAAGAUGCCGCCCUGACAUUCCCUGUGCUCUUUCAAGAUGUAAUAUACCAGGUGUAUGUUCGGUUGAGGCCAUUUUUCCGAGAGUUUCUCGAGCGCAUGUCUCAAAUGUAUGAGAUUAUUCUCUUCACUGCUUCUAAGAAAGUGUACGCCGACAAGUUGCUCAACAUCUUGGAUCCAAAAAAACAGCUGGUCAGACAUCGACUGUUUCGCGAGCACUGCGUCUGCGUCCAAGGAAAUUAUAUUAAAGAUCUAAACAUUCUCGGACGAGAUCUGUCUAAGACGAUAAUAAUAGACAACUCACCCCAAGCCUUCGCCUACCAGCUUUCCAAUGGGAUUCCUAUUGAGAGCUGGUUUGUGGAUAGAAAUGACAAUGAGCUUCUGAAGCUUGUCCCUUUCCUUGAAAAGCUUGUAGAGAUGAAUGAAGAUGUCAGACCGCACAUCCGGGAACAGUUUCGUUUGCACGACCUCCUCCCUCCAGACUGAGGACAUUACAGACAAGAUGAUUAAAACAUUUGGGGAAAAAACCCAUUGGAAUAUUCAGUGGAUUUCUCUUUGCAAACAUUGCCAUUGUUGUUAUUUUUGAAGGUCAUGCAAAAAGAUGAGUCAAAAGCCCUGGAUGUUUUUUUACAAAAUAAUGGAGAACUCACAGACCUGCUCGCCUCUCUGCUUUUUUUUUUUUUUUGUUCCAUGCAAACGUUGAAGUCGGCCUCCUGGAAGGUUUUUUUUUUGUUUUGUUUCUGGGUUUUUUUCUUUGGGAUUGACAAAACUGAAUGUCAUGCAGUGUUGGGUUUUACGGACCUUUUAGGCUUCAGCCUAACCUUGAAUGGCCAGUCAAACCUGUAUAAUAUUCACUCUAUUUACCUGUAAAUAUAUGUACAUAUUUUUAUUUCCUUAAGGUUUUUAAGUCAUUUUAUUUUAACUUCAGAUUUAGUAUGCAUUCUUUAACUCGGUUGCUUUUAUAAACCAACAAAAUGUUAGUGUGUUUUGUUUGAAGUUGCUGCUUUUCUGUUGUAUGCCUGUGUUAUUCCUGUGAUGCUUUACUCCAUUACAUGCAGUUUUCUGUAAUAUAAGGUGCAGUUUUAAAAAUGUAUCUUUGGGAGGAAAUGUUUCUGAAAUAAUGUUUUAAAGCUAUGUAAUGUAAGCUAGAAUAGGGUCUCAACUGAAUACCAAGCCAUAAUGGCCCAAGACUAAUUUUGGAGAUUUGUAUCUGAGAGUCCAUUUCUGAUUCAGACGCCUCGAUCGUCCUCGUUGGUGAGGGGUCAGGUGUUGAGACAUCUUGCACUUUGACAUCCAGCCCUUUGUAAGUUGAUGUAAAAUCUUGUCAUUUUCUACACAGGUGUGCAUCACCUCAGUUUGUUAUAUGGGGUUAAAAAAAUGAAAUUGUAGCACCAGCAAAUUGCCAACAUGUUUGCUUUGAAAUCUUGUUUUCCAAGACGACUUGUAUGUGAGAUCUUUAUGUAGGAGUCACAAGUUUUGACUAUUGAAUGAUCACUCCAGUUGUAUUCAGUGUUACUCAAUGGUUUCCUUGAAAAUAAAUACAUUUUUAUAUGA